GAAAAAAAAAAAAGAAAUGCGGGAGAGAGCAGGAAAAAUAAGACGAGGGAAAAAUCUCCCUUGAGGGACAGGUUUCGCUCGGGGGGAGAGACCCAACAGGCUUUUCUAAAUUAAUUUUUUUCUCUCCCGCUCGCUGGAGAAGCCGAGAGGAUUCAGCCGCCUGGAAACCUGAUGUGAAAAAACAGCAGCCAGGAGAGGGGAAAAAAAUAAAUAAAUUUUAAAAAAGAGGGAGGGGGCUCGGAUUGGAUCCCCCCGCCUGAGUGAGGGAGGAAGGACCCACGGCGGUCAGAGGGCGAGGAGCAGCGGCGGCCAGCAAGGGAAGGGGACCCGACCUCCGCCGAGAGCCGCGGCUGGCGUGACCCCCUCGACGCUUCUGCCCGUCGGCGCGGGGGGAGAAGCGAGGAAGAGACGUUUCCCGAUCCUCCCCGCCGAGGAUUUGGGGAGGUUUCCGCGCCCGGAGCCCGUGCCUUUGGAUCUAAAGAGGAUUAUUGGGGUUUUUUUGGGGGGUGGCACUGAAGUUGGAUUUGUUCCUGUGCGUGCGGCGCCGAGGGGGUGGCAUUUCUGUUCCCUCUAGAAGAGCCGGCGGGUCCGUGGAGAUCCCCGCGGAUCGCUCCGCAUCGCGCCCUGCCGCCACCCCCCCCCCGGGAAAGGUGCGCUGAGGGGAUCGGCGCGGGGCUGAGCGGGGGGGCGGGGGAGGAGAAGCAGCUGCAGCUGCCGGGGAGGAGGCCCGGCAGAGCAGCAGCAAAGUCAUCGCCAUCGGCCCCCCCUUGGCUGGCUUCGGGCUCGGCUCUCUCCAUGUCUCUGGCUCUGGGCAGCGGCCGCCACAGCAGCGAGUAGCGGGGGGAGGAGGAGGAAGAAGAAGAAGGGAGCCCGGGAGAGUGCCUCCCUCCCUCCCCCCGGCAGCCCCGGUCGCCUCCCGUCCCCUCGCCCCGCGUCCCCUGCCUUCCCCUCCCCAAGAUGGGCUGUUUAGGGAACAGCAAGACGGAGGAUCAGCGCAACGAGGAGAAGGCGCAGCGGGAGGCCAACAAGAAGAUCGAGAAGCAGCUGCAGAAGGACAAGCAGGUCUAUAGGGCCACGCACCGGCUCCUCCUGCUGGGUGCUGGUGAAUCCGGUAAAAGCACAAUAGUCAAACAGAUGAGGAUCUUGCAUGUGAAUGGAUUUAAUGCUGAGGAGAAGAAAAUGAAAAUUCAGGAUAUUAAAAACAACAUUAAAGAAGCUAUAGAGACAAUAGUGACAGCAAUGGGCAAUUUGGCACCUCCAGUUGAACUAGCCAAUCCAGAGAACCAGUUUCGAAUCGACUACAUCUUAAAUUUAGCUAACCAGAUAGACUUUGAUUUCCCACCGGAAUUCUAUGAACAUACGAAAACACUUUGGCAAGAUGAAGGUGUGAAAGCCUGCUAUGAGAGAUCUAAUGAAUAUCAACUGAUUGAUUGUGCACAGUAUUUUCUAGACAAGAUUGACAUAGUCAAACAAAACGAGUAUACACCAUCUGACCAGGAUCUUCUCAGAUGCAGAGUUUUGACAUCAGGAAUUUUUGAAACCAAGUUUCAGGUGGACAAAGUAAAUUUUCAUAUGUUUGAUGUUGGAGGACAAAGAGAUGAACGCCGAAAAUGGAUCCAGUGUUUUAAUGAUGUGACUGCUAUCAUAUUUGUGGUCGCGAGCAGUAGCUACAACAUGGUUAUACGAGAGGACAAUCAGACCAAUCGGCUUCAAGAAGCACUAAACCUCUUCAAGAGCAUCUGGAACAACAGGUGGCUACGGACCAUUUCAGUAAUUCUUUUCCUGAAUAAACAAGACUUGCUAGCAGAGAAAGUUUUAGCAGGGAAAUCAAAAAUUGAAGACUACUUUCCAGAAUUUGCUCGCUACACUACACCAGAUGAUGCAACACCAGAGCCUGGUGAGGAUCCCAGAGUUACAAGGGCCAAGUAUUUUAUUAGAGAUGAGUUUCUUAGAAUCAGCACAGCGAGUGGAGAUGGAAGGCACUAUUGCUAUCCUCACUUCACAUGUGCAGUGGAUACAGAGAACAUCCGGAGAGUUUUCAAUGACUGUCGGGACAUUAUUCAGCGCAUGCACCUUCGCCAAUACGAGUUGUUGUGAUGGAGAGCACUUUUUUCUGUGUUUUGGACUCCUUAUUCCUUAUGAAAAAAAAAAAAACAAACCAA